AGGUGUGCCCACACAAUGUCAAAAAUUAGUAUAAAAAGCUGAUCGAAUUUCAAUUGGUUAUGUAGUUUUUCGUGGUGUUUCGAGUGUUUCGAUAGUAUAUUUUGUGAUCGUGAUUUAAAUAGAUAAUUACAUAGGUGAACAUACUCAAGUGUUCCUCAACUGGGGACAAUGAAAUCCUUCACGUACCUGGUAUUAAUCUGCGUGCAAGUAUUUGUACACAGUGCCGUUCUGAAUGAAGAAGAACUCAGCUUACAAAAAUGGACUUCUUUCAAGAUUCAACAUGGCAAAGAAUACGAAGCCGAAGAAGAAGAUAAACGAAGAAUGAAAAUCUUUUUGGAUAAUGAGAGGAAAAUAGCCGAGCAUAAUGAACUUUACGAAAAAGGCGAAGUGACCUAUAAACAAGGAAUAAAUAAAUUUUCUGAUUUGACCAACGAAGAGUUCGCUGAGCUAUAUUUAACUGAUUUCGGUAACGAUCAAAAUGUAAUUGAGGAGUUUCCCAUCGCUAACAACUUUUCCUUAGAAGAGUAUCAGGAGCCUCCGCCUUCCAAAAAUUGGCUUAAAGAAGGAUUUGUAUCUCCUGUUAAACAACAAGGAACUUGUGGUAGUUGUUGGGCAUUCGCAACGGUUGGAGCCAUUGAAGCACACGUUGCCAUAAAAACUCGAAACAAAAAAUUUCGCAUUCUGAGUGAGCAAAACCUGGUAGAUUGUGUGAAAGAAGCACACGGUUGUCAUGGAGGUUUUAUGGCAGAUGCAUAUAAUUAUGUGAAAAGAAACAAAGGAAUUGCGUUCAAUAAAUUUUAUCGAUACAAAGGCGAGCAAGGCCGCUGCCGAUACAAAAAAAACCAAAGAGGAGCUAGCAUUCAGGGUUACAAACGUAUCUCACAAGGAGAUGAAGAAGAAAUGAAAAACGUUAUAGGCACCGUCGGACCAGUUAGUGUUGGUAUUGCACGUGGCGAUCUGAUACAGUCUUAUCAUUCAGGUAUUUACAGAAAAUCGAAUUGUAAACCCACGCGAUAUACUUCACAUGCACUGCUGAUAGUUGGCUACGGUACGGAAUCGAAUGCAAGAGGAGAAAUGGAUUACUGGCUGGUGAAAAACUCUUGGGGACCUGAUUGGGGUUCAAACGGAUACAUUAAAAUUGCUCGUAACGAGAACACUUGUGGAAUUGCAAGCUCGGCUGAGUACCCAAUAGGAGUACGGUAGAAUAGAAUGAUUUUUUAAAAUCAUCGAUUAAAUACCUUCGAAAUGCUUAUGCAAGAAUAAAUCAUUGACACAAAAUGGUAGCAUCU